UCAAAAAUUGAAGAUUUUGAGUUAGUUAUAUCACUGAAUUUGUCAUUUUCUAUAUUUAUUUGUGGUAAGAACGCCAUAACUCUAGUAUCAAAAUUGUCCAUUAUAUGUCGCUCAAGGCAUAGUGACUCAUUUUCUUUCAGACGAAUCGUUUAGUUGGCAUAGCGUUUUAUUUCAGUUACGUCUUGACUCUUGCAGAGGAAGCAUCGUUUUAGCUCCUGCUACAGUGACAUAUUUCUUGUUAUGACAGUGUUCUGACAAGGUAAAUAUGACCAGUCGAGGAAAACAACUCUUACAAUUAGCAUUGGAAUCGGUAGAAAACACAAAACAAGCAUCAUCCAAGGAGCCUGAAGUGACUGAAACUUUCUCUGAGUCAGGAAAGAAUGUCGAAGUCCUAGUAAACCAAAACGAGACACCACCAAGUUCUUCCCAGAACACCAAGAGUGUAGGCCUAGGGAUGUCGACAAUGCAGUGCACACAUUUGGGUGAAAGGCGUAAUUCUACAUCAAGCAAUAUUUCUUCAUCAAGUAAUAGCUCUUCAUCAAGCAGCAGCACCUCAUCAUCCUCGUCAAAGAGCAGUGCAUCAUCAACUCAUGCAGCAACACCAGAAGAUGUGCUAGACUCUGAUGAUUCUGUUGCAGAUAAGACCUACGAACCAAAUUAUGAUGAAGAUUCAGAAGGAGUUGGUAGUAAUGACGAUGACUCUUCCCUGACUCCAAAUGUUGAUACUGCUACACUUGGAAAUAAGGACACCAAAGAAUUAGAGAGCCCAGCUAAAAAAAGGUUCGAAAAGGAAGAAACAACCAGAAAAGUGGGGGCGACAUCUCCAGAAAAAACUAAGAAAUGAA